CUUAUAACGGAAUUGGCAACAAAAAAUUGGCUUGCCGAAUCGGGGAGAACGGGAAUUCAGAAACAGAGAGAAUCACCUAAGAGAACCAGAGGGAUUUUGCUGCAGGCACAGAGAUAACUGUCUUCAGAGAACCAGAGGAAUUUUGCUGCUUUAGCAAGGAAUGGGUGGAUCUAAGAAUCACACUAAAACACGCCACAUACCCAAGAGAAUAGAUCAAAUAGUAAACGAGGAAGUAGAAGCUAUUGCCUUAACAAGAGGGGUUGAUGAUCCUCGACCUAAUAGAAGGUUAAUAGACUUUGUCCUCCACGAUGUAAAUGGAAAACCACAACAUGUAGAAAUGUUGGAAGUGACGGACAUUUUCAUUUCUGGUCGUAUAUUACCAUUCGAAGAAAGUUCCAACAAGCACAAGGAGAAAGGAAUAAAAUGCUUGACCUUUGGACGUGUGGAAACAUGGGAAAUAUCUGGUUAUGAGGAUGGUUCACCAGUUGUCUGGUUGUCAACUAAAAUAGCUGACUACAAAUCUGUUAAGCCGGCUAGUAGCUAUAAAGAGUUGUAUGAUAUUUUCUAUGAAAAAGCUUAUGCUUGUAUAGAAAUAUUCAAUAAACUUAACGGAUCUAACGGAGGCGAUCCGAAUAUGAGUUAUGAAGAAUUACUCUGGAAGGUUGUCCACUCAAUGAGAGGAAGUAAGAAUAUUUCUCAAGGUUUAUCAGUUAGGAAAUUCAUUAUUUCAAAUGGUGAGUUCAUUUACAAACAACUAACUAGCUUGGAUUAUUCAUCUAAGAAAAAUGAUCAGCUCUUUUGUGGGCUUCCUGUUCUUACUUCCCUUAGGGAUGAAUGUAAAAAUCUUUCAUCAUCAAUGGCAGUUAUGAUAACACAUCAUAAAAGUUCACUGGAGAUCGAGGAAGAGGCUAAAGAGCAAGAGAGCCAGUCAGCUCAUGUUGAUGAUAUAGGGAUAGUCCCAAAAUUGGUUUGUGACUCCCACAAACAAAAAUCAUGGCAACAUAAGAGUCAAAGCAAGAGGAAGCGCACAACUGCUCCAGCAAAAAAGUAUUAUAUAAAAACUAACGAAGAUGAGAUUGCAAAUGACUAUCCACUCCCUGCAUAUUAUAAAUCUACUUUUCAGGAAAUUGAUGAGUAUCUCAUAUUUGAUGAGUGUUACAAGACAAGUAGCUCGAAUGAACUUCCUAAAGCAAUCUUGCACAAUUGGUCUCUCUAUAAUUCGGAUUCUCGCCUCAUUAGCUUGGAGCUCCUACCAAUGAGAUCUUGUGCAAAUAUGGAUGUAGUAAUUUUUGGAUCGGGUAGAAUGAAAGAUGAUGAUGGAAGUGAGUAUCUCCUUGAUGGAGAAGACAGUUCUGACGUGGAGGGAAUUCCAAUAUACCUGAGUGCUAUAAAGGAAUGGAUGAUUGAAUUUGAGCCUUCAAUGGUCUUUAUCUCAAUCAGAACAGAUUUGGCAUGGUAUAGACUUGGAAAACCAUCAAAACAAUAUCUUCCAUGGUUUGAACCAGUGCUAAAAACAGCAAGGCUUGCUAUUGGCAUCAUCACCAUGCUAAAGGAACAACCCAGAGUUUCGCGUCUUUCUUUCUCUAAAGUCAUUAAGAAAGUGGCUGAAUUUGAGAAGAAUCAUCAAGCUUACAUUUCAUCUGAUCCAAAAACAGUGGAGAGGUAUGUAAUAGUUCAUGGACAAAUUAUCUUGCAACAAUUUGUUGAGUUCCCGGAUCAAUCCAUACAAAGAUCUUCUUUCGCGAAAGGUCUUAACGAAGAAAUGGAACAAAGACAUCAUACCAAGUGGCUAUUGAAGAAAAAUGCAGUAAUAGAUAAGGAUAAAAGGAAUCUGAAUCCAUGUGCACGAAUGCUGGCUUCAACAAAGUCGAAAAAAAUGGCUAUGCCAGCCACUAUAACAAAACUGGUCCAUAGAAUCUUUAGAGCAUCUUGCUAUAAUGACUUGGCUGAUUCUGAGAUGGACGAGAGGGAACAUGAAGCUGACGAGAUGCAACCAGACAACGAUAAACAAGAGCUCGAAGAAGAAAUUAAAAUCCUAACCAUCUGCCAUUGUGAAAAGCCGGAUCAGUUGACUUCACACACUUCGAACGGAGAAAUUAGAUGGGAUGGAGAGGCAGUUGGAAUGAAUGACGGUAAUGUUAUUUAUAAGAAAGCGAUAGUUCGUGCAAGUGUUGUGUCGAUAGGUUGUUCCGUGCUUGUUGAGUCAAAUAAGUUGGUGGAACCUUCUAUUUGUCUAAUUGAAUAUUUUUUUGAGAAUUCAAAUGCAAGAAAGAUGGCUCAUGGUAGAUUGAUGGUAAAAGGGUUUCAGACAGUUCUCAGGGAUACUGCCAAUGAAAGGGAAGUAUUUUUGACGAAUAAUUGUUUGGUAUUUGAUCUAAGUGAUAUUGUGCAAAACUUAGUUGUGGAGAUCCGCUCAAUGCCAUGGGGUUAUCAGCAUAGGAAGGAAAAUUCUAUCUGGGAUAAAUUAGACAGGGAUAAAGCUGAAGAUAGAAAAAAUAAAGGUUUGUCCGUUGAAUAUUUCUGCAAAUUCCUAUAUUGCCCUGAUGAGGGUGGUUUCUUCUCUUUUCAGAAAGAUACCAUAGGCCUUGGUACUGGGAUGUGCCAUUCUUGUGAAAAAAAUAGAAUUCUAAGGGAGAAAGAGAUGUUUAAGAUAGAUUCUACUUCAACUGGUUUCACAUUUAUGGGAGAUGAGUAUUACCUCCAAGAUUUUAUUUAUUUGGGUCCUUCUUAUUUCGAGGUUAACAAAAAAAAAUGUGAAAUUUUCAAGGGAGGAAGAAACGUGGGAUUGAAAGCUUACGUCAUUGGUCAACUACUAGAAAUCGUAGUUAGAAAUAAUACUAGAAAAGUGGAUCAUAAAUCUCUUAGGGUUAAAAUUCGAAGAUUUUUCAGACCAGAGGACAUUUCUGCUGAUAUAGCAUAUCGAUCCAAUAUUCGAGAGGUAUACUACAGUGGAGAAAUAGUGAGUCUUCCUAUAACAGCAAUUAAGGGUAAAUGUGAAAUAAGGAGAAAACAAGAUGUUUCACAUGUGCAGCCUUUGGGAGUUUUCGAUCAUAUCUUCUACUGCGAUUGUUUUUUUGAUCAUAAAAGUGGCAAAAUCGACCAGUUGCCAACUCAUAUGAAAGAAAGUUUCUCAAAAGGUAUAGAUGCAAUAGGAAACAAAAACAAAAGGAAGGAUAAUCCCAUUACUCCCUUAUCAACCCUUGAUGUUUUUGCUGGUUGUGGUGGUCUAUCGGAAGGGUUAAGACAAUCAGGGGUGUGUGAAACCAAGUGGGCCAUUGAGUAUGAGAAAGCUGCCGGGAAAGCUUUCAGACAAAAUCAUCCAGAUACAAUUGUGUUAGUUAAUAAUUGCAAUGUUAUUCUAAGGGCAAUCAUGGAUGCAUGUGGGGAUUCCCAUGACUGCAUUUCAACUUCUGAGGCUACAGAAUUGGCCAAAAAUCUUGAUAAGAAGCUGAUGAAUAAAUUGCCUAUGCCGGGACAAGUUGACUUCAUAAAUGGAGGACCUCCAUGUCAGGGUUUUUCUUUGAUGAAUAGAUUUAAUCAGAGCUCCUGGAGUGAGCUUCAGUGUGAAAUGAUCUUAGCAUUCUUAUCUUUUGCGGAUUACUACCGGCCCAAGUAUUUCCUUUUAGAGAAUGUGAUGAACUUUGUUUCAUUCAAUAAAGGACAGACAUUUCGCUUAACCCUAGCAUCACUUAUCGAGAUGGGUUAUCAGGUGAGAUUUGGCGUUUUGGAAGCUGGGGCUUAUGGUAUAUCGCAAUCGAGGAAGCGGACAUUUAUAUGGGCAGCCGCACCUGGUGAGAAGCUACCUGAUUGGCCUGAACCAGUUCAUGUAUUUGCCACUCCAAAUCUUAAGAUCAACUUAAACAGAACUGUUCAUUCACAUUAUGUUGCUGUUAGAAGUACCUCAUCAGGUGCUCCACUUCGUUCAAUCACUGUUCGAGAUACCAUAGGCGAUCUUCCUGCUGUUAACAGUGGGGCUUCAGUAACAUCCAUGAAAUAUGGAGUGGACCCAAUAUCCUGGUUUCAGAAGAUAAUAAGAGACAAUAUGGAAGUUUUAACCGAUCACAUAUCUAAAGAAAUGAAUGAGAUUAAUCUAAUCAGAUGUAAAAGAAUUCCUAUUCGUCCAGGUGCUGAUUGGCGUGAUCUUCCAAAUGAGAAGGUCCGUUUGAGCAAAGGACAAUAUAAGGAUUUGAUACCCGGGUUCCUGCUAAACUCUUCAAAAAGGAAUAACCAGUGGAAAGGUCAGUAUGGAAGGAUGGAUUGGGAAGGAAAUUUUCCAACCUCUAUCACAAACCCACAACCUGCGGGCAAGGUUGGGAUGUGCUUCCAUCCAAACCAGGAUAGGAUUAUUACUGUUCGCGAGUGUGCUAGAUCACAAGGCUUUUCAGAUAGCUACAAGCUUUUUGGGAAUAUUCAGCACAAACACCGACAAAUUGGAAAUGCUGUCCCUCCACCACUGGCAUUUGCUCUCGGGACAAAACUCAUGGAAGCCCUUGAAGCAAAUAAAUCUUAUUUAUGAAAAGUCUGAUUGAGCAAUGAACAAACUGUGGAUUUGAUAAUCUGGUGUCUUUCAAACACUCCAAAAAACAGUGGAAAUGUCUGUUUGGAAGAUUGGAUUGGGAUGAAAAUAUUCCAAUCUUAUCACUGACCCACCCAAACAAAGAUAGGAUCUUUACUGUUCGGGAGUGUGCUAGAUUCCAGCUCCUGGUCUGUCUGCUAUGUGAUUCGUGUGGACAUCUCAGACAAGAUUUUUCAGGCUAAUAGCUGACGAAAGGAUUAUCAUAGUGAUUGCAACAUUAAGACUCGGACCCAUGACCUUGCGGACAUGAUUUCAUAAGCUCUAUAACUAAGUUAAAUGAGUCUUCAGUUACAAGUAUGAUCUGAUAUCAUACCAAAUGCAGAAAUAUCUGGCAUUGGAGAAGGUAGCACAGCCAGCCAUGCUCGUUUGUUUCUAUGAAGAGGUUGAGAGUUUGGAGGAGUUGCAGCCACUAGUGGUUCUAAUUCCCAUGGUGAAACUCUUUCUGGACGGAAAAUGGAUGAAGGUUCGUCCCAUUGCACCUGAAAAUGUGUUUCUGGUUAAUGAAAAUGUGUAUCUUACUACACACCAACAAAGAGAAUAACUUGCAUUAUUUGUUUACAUCUCAAGGAGAUAUA